GAUGUUAUACGUCAGGUGCGUAAUCACCGGAAGCGGAAUCUUCGGUUUUGGUGACGCUGCAUUAGAUUUAGAGACAUGGACCGGUGUGGGCUGUUCGGCUUGUUCAUCCUCAGCCUGGCUCUUUCUGGAGCUCAGGCGGUCACUCCAGCACAUCACCUCUCCUUGUCGGAUGUUGCCCGACUGCAGAACCUCCUGAGCCAACAGUUUACCGACCUAGAGUCCGCAUACUACUCUGUUGUUGGUCUUAAAAAACUUGGAGCUGUUAUUUAUGAUCACAAGGAAGUAUGCCAGUUCCUAAAAUCCCAGCUUGAUCCCACCAGUGUUGACUCUCUCUUCUUUGCUGCUGAGGCCAGUCAAGCCAUUUCAGGGUGCGAGAUUCCUGUGUCCAACGAAACCCGUGAUAUCCUUCUGGCUGCAGUUAGUGAAGACUCAACCAUGACUCAGAUUCAUCGGGCGGUGAGUGCACUCAGUUCUCUGGGGCUUCCUCUCGCAUCCCAGGAAGUUGUAGGUGCCCUGACAGCUCGCAUCAACAAGGAGGACAAUGUUAUGGCCAUCACCUUAGCUCUGCAAACAGCAGCACGCCUGUCCCAGCAGGCAGAAUUCGGAGGAAUACUGGAGGAAAUUGAGGAUCUGACAGCUCGUUUGGAUGACCUUGGUGGCAUCUACCUCCAAUUUGAAGAGGGACUUGAGGCCACUGCCAUGUUUGUAACCGCUGCUUAUUCUCUGUCAGACCAUGUAGACAUAGAGCCCCCUCUCAAGGAGGACCAGGUCAUCCAGCUGGUGAACUCUAUCUUCAGCAAAAAGUCCUGGGACUCUCUAGCUGAGGCCUUCAGUGUGGCAAGUGCUGCUGCUGCUCUCUCUAACAACCAUUUCCAUGUGCCCGUCGUUGUCAGUGCUCAGGGCCCAGCUACAGUGUCCCACAGCCAACCAACCCUGCAGCUGCUUGUUACUGAUGUCAUGUCUCAGCCUCUGGCCUCGGCCAAUGUGCUAGUGGAAUCUGCAUACGCUGUGGCCUCCAAGAGCAUCAUUCUCAGCCAAGCACCAUUCACACUUAAUGAUGGGGUCUUUGAGCUAAACUUCAUGUCCAGCCAGCCAGCCAGCGGAUAUUACCAGUUUACUGUUGCAGUGACCGGGGACAAUAGACUGGUUGCCAAUCAUGUUGAGCUCAAAGUGAAGGUGUCCACUGAGGUGGCUGUUACUAACAUGGACCUCUCUGUGGUGGAUAAGGACCAGAGCAUCGGCACAAAGACCACCCGAGUGGACUAUCCUUCCAAAGCCAAGAGCUCCUUCACCGCAGACAGCCACCAAAACUUUGCCAUGUCCUUCCAGCUGGUAGAUGUCAACACUGGAGUGGAGCUCUCCCCUCACCAGACAUUUGUCCGGCUACACAAUCAGAAAACUGGCCAGGAGGUUGUGUUUGUGGCCGAACCCGACAACAAGAAUCUGUACAAGUUCGAGUUGGAUACAGCGGAACGUAAAUCAGAAUUUGACUCUAUCUCUGGUACCUACUCCCUCUACCUCAUCGUUGGGGAUGCCACCUUGGAGAAUCCCAUCUUAUGGAAUGUGGCGGAUGUUGUGCUGAAGUUUGUGGAUGAGGAUGCCCCAGCUACCAUUCAGGCAAAGACUCUCUAUGUACCCAAACCAGAGAUCCAGCACUUAUUCAGGGAGCCAGAGAAGAAGCCUCCCACGGUGGUAUCCAAUGCUUUCACUGCACUCGUCUUGUCUCCCUUCCUGCUUCUACUCAUUCUGUGGUUUAAACUCGGAGCCAACAUCUCCAACUUCAGCUUCUCUCCUAGCUCCAUUCUGUUCCAUGUGGGACACGCAGCCAUGCUUGGCCUGAUGUAUGUCUACUGGACACACCUGAACAUGUUCCAGACUCUGAAGUACCUGACAAUUAUUGGUGGCGUGACUUUCCUUGCUGGAAACCGCAUGCUGGCCCAAAAAGCAGUGAAGAGGAUUGCUGCAGAGCAAAGUAGUAGGUUGGCAAAGUAUAGGAGCCUACGAUAAAGCCCCUUUUAUAACAAAUGAGUCGGUCGUGCUUCCAGGAAGAUAACUGAGAAAAAGUAAUGGCAAGAAAGUGAAAAGAAGAUGGUGAUGAAGAUCUUUUGUUUCCAAGGAGUCACUCAACAAAAUCAGACUUUAAAAAUGGCACGGCAGUUCAAGAAUCCAGUCGACAGUUUAAACAUGCAGUUUUUUUGUGUGUGUGUUGCCAAAUGGAAGAAUUCAAGAGAUGGUAGCAUCUCUGAGGACAAACACUCACUGACAGGUUCUCCUCCUGAGGGCUGUAAAGCUACUGAUAAUUGCACUUCAUCUUCCUGUGAGAUUUGUUUUCUUCUUGUCCAACAUGCAAGUGUUUUCUAAAUGAGUGGGGAUUUUUAUUUGUGGAUUCUUGGUGGAAUUUGGUUUCAUUUGUGCUUUUUGUGCAGUCCUCUUUGUUGUCACUCAGUGCCCACAUCACCUCAAGUUGGAAGUAACAUGUUUCACCUGAUAAACCACUGGCAGUAACACAGGAUUGUCACUACUUAUGCCCAUAUCAGUUUGCUUGUUAGAUGCAUCAGAUGUGUAGGAGGAUACUAUGUGAUCCAGUGUAUGCUCCCCAGAAAAACAUUAAUAAAAAAUAUGGGCAAUUUGAGGACAUGAUGGUUUUGUAAUGAAAAAAAGAGGAAAUAAAGACAUUGAGGUGAA